CGACGCGUACGCAGCAUAGAAAGCAAUCAUGUAAGAAACGCUACAACUACACGUCAUUAAAAUAUUUCGGUGUUUUCAGUUUGAACCCGAAGGGGUUAACGGGUGUAAUUGGAUCAAUGGGCAUAAUGCAGAGCCCCAGCAUCUAAUUUCAUUUGUAAAACUGCUCCUCGUACUAACACCAGGAGUUACUGUUGACUGCGGGACAAGUCUGCUUUCUGAAAACAUUCUGCUGAAAGAAUUUCGGUCUCCUGCUAAAUGUUUAUGGGAUAUAUUAUAUCGUCUCUUGGUUGCCAUGGGAGAAAAGGAAGGUGUCAACUUUUCACAUGGAGCUUUUCCAGCCCUGUCCUAAACUGAUGAACGCAGUCUGCAUGUAAAUACACCGCCUUUCACCUCAGUUUGAGUGACUCUGGAUUUAUGCCGACGUGGAACGUCGAGUACACGAGUGUUGUGAACUGGUGAAGACCAAACUAAGGUCACGAAAGAGGCCGUGUCGCUGGGUAAACUCCCACUAUUUUCUAACAUUCUUCCCUGUAUUUGUUUGACAGACAGCCGCCAUCAUUCCGUGCUGCGGAGGCGACCCAAAAAUGUCGUCCAAUGGCGAUCUGCAGGACAUCGGGAGCUGGGACAGCUUUUGGGAGCCGGGGAACUACAAGAGGACUGUGAAGCGCAUCGACGAUGGCUACAAGCUAUGCAACGAGAUGAUCACAUGCUUUCAGGAACGAGCCAAGAUUGAGAAAGGUUAUUCACAGCAGCUAAAUGAAUGGUCCAAAAAAUGGAGGGGUGUAGUAGAGAAGGGGUCGCAGUAUGGCACGGUAGAAAAGGCGUGGCAUGCGUUUAUGAACGCAGCAGACACACUGAGCGAGAUCCAUAUGGAGAUUAAAGAGAAACUGAUCGUCGAGGACAGCAAUAAGAUUCGCAACUGGCAAAAGGACGCCUUUCACAAGCAAAUGAUGGGUGGAUUCCGGGAGACCAAAGAAGCUGAUGAAGGGUUUCGCAAAGCCCAAAAAACCUGGGUCAGGAAGCUGAAGGACGUGGAGUCCACCAAAAAGAUUUAUCACCAGACCCGUAAGGAAGAGCGCACCGCUCUAACCCGUGAAACCCAUGCCAAGGCGGAUACGACCAAAUCCCCAGAGGAGGUCCGCAAGUUCACAGACCGCUUGGAGAAAUGUACACAAGAGGCUGAGAAGGCAAAAGAGCGUUAUGAAAGAGCUCUUGAAGAACUCAAUCGCUGUAACCCGCGUUACAUGGAGGACAUGGAGCAGGUCUUUGAAAUCACCCAGGAAGCUGAGAAAAAAAGGCUGCAGUUCUUUAAAGAGGUUAUGAAGGACAUGCACCAGCAUAUGGAUCUUUCCAGCAAUGAUCGAUUUAAAGCCCUGUUUCGAGACCUCGGUCAGACCAUCAAUGCAGCCAGCGACACAGAGGACCUCAGGUGGUGGAGAAACACCCACGGGCCCGGCAUGAGCAUGAACUGGCCACAAUUUGAGGAGUGGUCACCUGAGACGCGGACCAUCAGUCGGAAGGACAGAAACAGUCGCUCUGAUGAUGUGGUCACCUUGACUAAUAUUGUCUCAGCGGGAGAUGAACUUCCACAGGAUACUAUCAGGGCUGGUAAAGAUUACUCCUCAGACUGGUCUGAUGAUGAGAGCCCUAAAAGAUUCAUCGCAGCCAACGGGAUGGACGAUGAGGAGAAGGUAGUCGGGGUUCGAGUUAAAGCGCUGUAUGAUUAUACGGGGCAGGAGGCUGAUGAGCUGAGCUUUAGAGCAGGUGAAGAGUUACUGAAGAUGGGUGAAGAGGAUGAACAAGGCUGGUGUAAAGGUCAGCUGGACACUGGAGAGGUGGGACUUUACCCUGCUAACUACGUCCAAGCCAUCACAUCAUGAUAACCUCCAUCUUUUCCGUGCUAGCCGUAAGGUGGCAUCACUGAACUGUGGGAUGUGUGACGGAGGACUUUUCCAGGAUUUCUUUUUGACUUUAUGAAACACCAGUGCCUUUAUUGUUAAACAUCAGAGACAUUCAUUACUGUAACAUCACAGGGUCGGGUGGAUGUCUAUGUAUAAAAAUAAAUGACUUCCACUACAGGAUUCGUUUUGGAAGAUCAGCAAUCCGCGACCCUUAUCGUUGCAUAUUUAGUAUUUCACAUUUCAUGUAUAUCACAAAUCAUUUCAAGUAUUCGUCGCUGAAAUUAUAUUCAGGUUUUGCGAAUGAGAAGCGCGUUAGUGUGCUCGUAUAUUUUGUGUAGUUGCGCUAAAUUGAGUAUAUGGAUCAUUUUGUUUGGCUGUAGUCUUUUUUUCACAAACGUAUGAGGAUUUAUAAUAUAUGAGGCUCAUAAUUGCGCUUUUGGAUUUUUGUAAAGAGAUUGUAAGAAGGGGAUUAUAAAAUAUUAUCUGUGGGAUUGUUUUACUUUAUUUUUAAAUUUUUGGUUUUAUUUCGAGAGUUUCUACAGUAUGUUGUCAAACUCCAGUGUCUACAGAAAGAGGGUUUCUUCAGUCCUGUUAACGUGUGUAUAUGGUUUGUAUUGCCACAUCUUUUGCCUCCAGUAUGCCCCACUGUAAACAUGGAUCUGCUGUAACAGCCAAUACUAAUCAAUGUAAACAAAUAAAUAAAAUAUAAGAUAAGA